AUGUUGUUGUUCAGUCCUUGUAUCUGGUGGGAACUCCUGUAUUUCUUCGCACACUCCACACUCUUUGCCAAUGGCGAGCACAACUGUUUUGGAGGGAUCGAAAGUUUUGAGAAGACCACUGGCGUGGGCUACGGAGGUCAAGUUGUGGGCACAACGAUCCUCCAGCAGCAAGAUUCCGCACUCACGAGAGAUUGCAUAAACCUCUGUAAACAACAAUCACAGUGCAAUUCCUUCUCACUCAACUACGUCGGAUUCAAGUGUACGUCGUUCCAAGUGACGUCACAGGGCAGAAGAGAACUCCUCGUUGAUAAUCCCACUUUGAACUACUUCGAGAAGAUUUGUUUCCGAGGAAUUCAAAAGCACACUUUCGAUGAGCUGUGCGGAGAUCGGCUCUGGGCUUUCGACAGAGUCAAAGAAGCAUACCUCGACGGAUUCGUCCAUAGAGAAGAACUCAAUGUGAAGGAUAAGGAGGAGUGUGCGAAGAUGUGUUUGCUCGAGGGAACCUUCACAUGUCGCUCGGCGGAUUUCGAUGAAGCGCAGAAAGUUUGCAAGCUGAGUCGAGAAGACCGCAGAUCGCAACCUCAGGCUUUCAGACAAGUUCCUGGCUCUUCGAGAGACUACCUUGAAAAUCAAUGUUCCGCAACAGCGCCGACGUCAUGCCGAUACGAAACCCGGGUGGGGGUUGGAGUUGUCACCAUGGACCUCUUGCAAUUCGCAUCUGCGGUCGACGAAUGCCAAACACAGUGCGAUCGUGAGACAACAUUCAAUUGUCGCGCGUAUUCCUACAUGGAGAAUCGAUGCUAUCUCUCCGGAGACGACACCGUUUCGUUGGGUCCGAGUGGCUUGCCUGCGUCCACGAAUGCAGCGUACGGAGAGAAGAAAUGUAUCACAGAGCAAUGUACGCUAGGAGUGUUCACCUACGAAAAGAUCACGGGAUUCGUCAUGCGUUCCGCGGCCCGGACCUCAAUACCGCUUUCCAGUCCGGGAGCCUUGGGCAACACCCUUGAGUGCCGGCAGUACUGUCACAGCGCUGGCCUCGACUGUCCGGCAUUCAGCGUUAAUUAUCAAAAUAUGCGAUGUGAUAAACUGGACCGAAACUCGCAAGGGCGAACACAGGAAUUGAGCCCCCGAGCCGGGGAGAAUUAUUUCGAGAAAAUCUGCCUCAGAGGAAACUUCGCCACCGCCUGCCAGGGGAAAGCUUGGGCUUUCGAACGAGUCCUCGGAAUGGAGUUGGUUCCGACGCUAUACGAAAAGAGCUUCUCGCAUGUUCUCAGCCGAAGGGAUUGCGAGGAGCACUGCCUGAACGAGCAAACGUUCAAUUGCCGGUCCGCCGUGUACUUCGACGACACGGCGGAGUGUCGUCUGAGUCGACACGACCGACGAACUCAGGCAGAUGGUGUGAUCAAGACGAGUAACCCAAGGAUAAACUACCUUGAAAAUCAAUGCAUAGAAGAGUCACCAACUUGCCCCUACGAAAAGAAAGCCGAUGCCUACCCGAUCUACACUGACGUCGUCGCCACGACCGGCAUCGUAUCAGAGCAGGCGUGUGAAUCGUUUUGCACCACUUACCCGAACUUCCACUGUCGGAGCUACGCGUACUACCCCGCGAAUGGACAAUGUUUCAUAUCGGGUGACGAUCGGAGCUCCGCGGGACCGGGAAGCACGAACUCGAGACCAGGGAUUCUCUUCUACGAACGCGCUUGCACCGAUGACAAUUCUCAAACGCAUUCGACAAUAUCCCCUCUGCCGACGGAUACCGGACUGAACACGAUCCCGACGGGAUCCGCCACCAGAGAGCCCGCGUCGUUUCCGAGUCCGUCAUCUUCGGUUUCCACCCUCUACCCGCCCAUAGCGCAAUCAUGUCAGGCGGGCGAAAAGCUCACGUUCGCUCGCGUAUCCGGCCAUGAGUCAGCGGCUCGACCGGGUCAGAUUCUUUUGACUUCGCCCUCAGACGGCAUGACCAAGGACUGUCUGUUGAAAUGUCAGCAGAGAGAGGAUUGUAAGAGUUUCACCAUCGAUUACAAGCGACACGAGUGUUUCAUAUCCGGCUCGUAUCGCGGAUCGACACCCGCGCAUCUGAGACCGGCUCCUGCAAAAACGUACUUCGAAGGCAUUUGCGUGCGAGCCAAUGUCCCAUGUGGGGGUCGACUGUGGGCCACGGAACGGAUCGUGGAUCAAGAGCUGACCGGAGCUUACCCGAGAGAUGUCACGAGAUACAUAUCGAUGCACGACUGCGAAAGACGCUGCGUGGAAGAACGGAAUUUCAUCUGCAAAUCCGCUGUAUUUGACGUGAAUCUGCAAGAGUGUAAACUCUUCGCAGAAGACCGCUCCCACAGAUCGGCACGACUCAGCUACGCUCGCGGGAUGAACUACAUCGAGAAUCAAUGCGCCGUCCUCACGGCGGCUUGCAAGUACACCCCGAUCCAGCGUGAUGUCUACAUGACCCACAUAACGCGAGUGGUCCACGGAGUGACUUCGACAUUCCACUGUGAGCUCGAAUGCAAUCGCGAAGUGGACUUCAAUUGCAGAAGCUACACGUACGUCGAAAACGGAAGUCUCGGACCUCCUCAGUGUCUUCUGAGCGCUGAUAACCGCCAAGCCGUAUCGCCGGGCAUUCUCGAACACAGAUCUCGCUCGCUGUACGCCGAAAAAGAUUGCGCCGACUAUUCGGGUACUUCCGGCGACUAUAAUGGUAAGCGAACGUUCCAUGGGCGCAAUAAUCAAGGACCAUCCGGCAUACCUUCGGGCAGCACGUAUCCCCCUCGUCCACCGUCGCCAGCCAACCAGAUCCACACCGGUGGAUACCCCACGAACGAUCUGCCCACAUUCUGUGCUUUCGAUCAGUACACGUACGAGAAAACAAUCGGUUAUAAUUUACGCUUUGCGCCACGAGAGAGGAUCCCGACCAGGGCCACAGUCGGAGUGGUCAAUGACGCGUUUUCGGAAUGUCAACGACUCGGAGAUCGAUGUCGCUCCUUCGUCGUCGAGUACGGCGAUUUCCAAAUCGCGUCAUGGCUGACCGUGGCCGCGGAAGACAACCGGAACGGGCUUUCUGUCCAAGCAAACUCUGCCUACUUCGAGAAAGUUUGCUUCCAAGAGCGACACUGCAACAAACUGUGGACUUUCGAGCGGACGAUGAAUAGCUACUUGCAACUCACUCCCGACCGGGAACUUCCCGGAAUUCGUCGCAGGGCCGAAUGUGAGGACUACUGUCUCCGCGAGAAGUCCUUCAUCUGCAAAUCAGCGACCUACCAACAAAGCCGGCAACUGUGUCGCCUAUUCUCCGAAAACAAACGGAGCAAGCCGAAUACCUUGCAGAACACCAAUGAAGACAUCGAUUAUCUGGAAAAUCUCUGCGCUGCCGAGUCAGCAUCCACCUGCAUUUACCAAGACACCCUCGAUCGCUUCCUGCCCUCUAUAGAUCGUCUCACGCACGCGUACAGCAUACAGGAGUGCCAGAGACUGUGCGACCUCGAAAGACGGUUUCCGUGUAGAUCGAUAAAUUUCGAAACGGUACAUCACGAUUGUGCGCUCAGUUCGGAUGACCUCUCAAGUUAUCCUCUCGGAGCGGGCGGACUGAUCUUUCGAAGAUUUUCCGUCUUCAGCGAGAAGGGUACCUGUGAACAAGUGAGCGUCCAGUGCAAUCAGCAGGAAAUGAUCUUGACUCUGAACUUCGACUCCCCCUUCCACGGCCGCAUCUACUCAAGAAACAAUCCGAACCAGUGUUACGUGGUCGGAAACGGUCAGAAUCAGAUGCAGUAUCCCAUCUCUCUGGGGACGAGGUGCGGGACAACGACGGAAGGACCUGGAAAAUACGUCAACGAGGUCAUGGUGCAACAGCAUCCUGUUAUCAUGACCGAGACCGAUAGGAACAUACGCGUUGUCUGUUCCUUCGAAGCGAGCGACAAAACCGUUACUCUAGCGUCGACUUUGGCGAGAAACAGUAUAUCUGGCUCGUUCGGAGGAGGUCCGGGACUCGAUGUCACGACCGGUGUACGUCCCACACUCUCUUCGAUCGUAGCCAACACUGCCCCACCCCCGACUGUCGGAAUGCGGAUCGUUGACCACUCGGGACACGAUGCCAGUGCCGUCGGUCUCGGAGAUGAGCUCACGCUUGUUAUAGAAAUUCGGGAUCCCGAGUCGGCUUUCGGGAUUUUCGCACGGAAUCUCUACGCGCGAAGCUCUACGGGGGAGUCCUUGUUCCUGAUCGACGACCGGGGCUGUCCCGUCAGCGCUACAGUCUUCCCCGCGCUCGAGCCGGAAUUCAAUAAUUUCAGGGUUCUUCGAUCAACAUUCAAAGCUUUCCGUUUCCCCGCGUCCGGCGUGGUCAACUUCGAGGUGCAGAUCCGCUUCUGUCAGGAGAGAUGCGAGCCCGUGAAGUGCCACAACAGUAGAGAUUCAUUCGGUCGGAAGCGACGAAACGUCGACGGAAACGAAACCGCAACGUUGAAACCAAUGGCGUCGGAGAACGCGACCGAGAGCGAUCAUACGGAAAGCGAAACCGAAGAAGAGUCUUAUGAGGAAUACACGGACGAUUCGGGAACCACGCUCCAGCAAGACCAGCUCCUUUCCACGGAGCCGCUUCCGGCGAACGAUACCGACGCGAAGCCGGUCUCGCUCAACGAAACCAUCGAAGCGGCCGCUUCCCAUGAAAUUAUCUCCAACGCGUCUCUCACGCUCGAAGAAGAUCUUCACAAGCCUUACGGCGGUUACGGAAUGGGGGGCGGAAAGGUCUACGCGCGAAUGUUCCCAGAGGACACGGACCCCCUUGCAGCGGACUCCGCUUCCGACAAGUCGACCGUGGACGUCCGCGGACACCAUAGAGCUCCUCCGCUGAUAGUCGAGAGCCACGUGACUCUAGAUACGCGUCGAGAUCGUUCAGCAGCGCCACCCCAAUCCCCGAGAAUGAAUUUCAUUCGCGACAAGAUCCCUCUGCAUCAUAUGCCGCCAAUGAGAGCGCAGUACGUCCCGCCACAGUGGAACACGUACUUCCGAUACACCCGCCCCUUCCCACAGGGCUACCCAUCGCCUUGGUCGUAUCAUACCGGUCCCAAAGUCUACCGGGGCUUCAUUCGAGAGAUUCCGCACAUUCCCGAACCGCCGCGGUUGGUUACUUCACCCUUCUCGAACUCGACUGAUAACGAAACUUCUACACCCGAGCCUCCGAUAACUGCGGGCGACGUCGGCCUAUCUGGAGCUGGUUCCAACACACAAGCGCCGGAAAUUCUCAGCGUGGCCAAAUGGAACCAAGGAGCACUGAGCCACACGGCGGACUUGGUGGACGGGCCCAGAGACAACAAAAUAUCGAAUGACGAUAACAAAGAAGAAGAAGUCCCUCUCUCUCUAGCUAUCGUCGUCAACGAAGAGCAGAAGUCGGUGCUGGACAGGAACUGGAAUCGAGAAACCCCGUUCCAGACAUCGAGGACCCGGAAAAAAGAGAUACCCGCAGUCAUAACUGGCUCAAGUGUGUACCAAGACGAAGAAGAUUUCGUUUGCGAUACGCACACGACUGUGAUCGUGACAGCUUUCAUUGUGUCAUUGGUGCACAUCGGUCUCGCCUGCGCAGGGUAUUUCUUCUGGCGAUGGCACAAGAACUCAUUCGAGCGGAGUCGAGCUCUGAUUCAGAGCCUGCGCUCGCAGCCCACAAAUCCACAGAUGUUCCUCGCGCCAUCCCAUCCGAUGAACUAUCAGUACCUGCAGUCCAGUAAGUCUUCGAAGGAUAACAGCACUCGAGAUUUGCACUCGCCACGUCCUCCGAUCAUAUAUGGAACCUCGGAGGUCUCAUUCCGACAGGUCUACGGCGAUUUCGAAACACCACCCUGA